AAGAGAGAGCCAAGAAUCAAACAAAUGCACCCCCAAUGCAACGCCUCCAAUGGCUUCCGGUGAGCGAUAGAAGCCGGCGACUAUAGAAGACGACAGGGAUGGCGGCGCUCUCUCGCGGCGAAGAAGACGGCUGGGGCGCAAGAUGAAGACUUCUUGGCUCUCCCGUCGCGCCCGAUCAUAAGUUUUCGUGUUGCUCUUCGUUCUGGUGUUGGGGAUCCCGAGUUUUUUAUCUGAAAGGAAGGGGCGAACAGAGCUAGUUUUGGGCAAGGAUCUGUCGUUCAUUUCGGUACGCGACUCCUCCUUUUUCCGUUCUAGUUCCUCCAACUCUGCUUUCGCUGAGUAUCAUCAAAGCUCUGUCAAUGAUUUAACGCUUCUGGUUGUGGACCAUCUGGGAUGAUGCCAAAGAUUCGAUUUUGAUUGAGUUCCUCCAAUUUGACACGCGUUCUGGACAUGUUAUCGCUGACCCUGGAUCUCAUUUCAUUCUAAUGUGCACUGUGAUGUUAUUGUUCCAAGAACAACUCGGGAAGAUUUAUUAAGAGAAAGAUACUGAAAAUAUGUUGAAAGACAAGUCAGAACUGAUCUCAAUUGUGCUAAACGAUCCUUCAGGGCAAGGAUCGAGUUGGGAUUGCAUCGAUUUCGGAUUCCUUGAGUCGUCAAGCAGCAGGAAACGCCCACUAGCUGAUGAUAUCAAUGAGGAGGAAGAAGAAGAACAAGGAGGAGGAGACGACGGUGAUCAUUGCCAAAUUAGGAAGAAGCCACAGCAGCAUCAUGAUACCCCUGAUAUCCAAGAUGUCCAGCACAAAUUCAAUGAUUCAAGCAUGUUCAUCAGCCUUCUCGGAAAGGACAUGACAAUUAACUGUCUCCUUCACCUUUCCCGGUCCUAUUAUUCUACUGUGGCAUCCCUCAAUACUUCCUUCCGCUCACUCAUCCACAGCGAGGAGCUCUAUAGGCUUCGCCGCCAGAGGGGUGUCAUUGAGCAUUGGAUCUAUUUCUCCUGCAGCCUCACUGAUUGGGAGGCAUACGAUCCCUACCGAGGAUUGUGGUUUCGUCUCCCUCCAAUGCCCCCUACCGGAAGUUUCAUGUUCGGCGACAAGGAGUCCCUCGCCGUGGGCACUGAUCUCCUUGUUUUUGGGAAAGCCAUGACUUCUCACAUUGUGAUGAGAUAUAGCAUUCUGACUAACUCUUGGUCUGAAGGAGUAGUAAUGAAUUCACCUAGGUGCUUGUUUGCAUCUGCUAGCCUAGGUGACAAGGCUAUCGUAGCGGGUGGCACCAAUGCUCGAAAAGAGAUACUCGACUCCGUGGAGCUUUAUGAUUCUGAGACACAAAGAUGGGAGAUCCUUCCAAGUAUGAUCAAAGCUCGAAGUAAGUGUUCGGGGGCUUACAUGGAUGGUAAAUUCUAUGUCAUAGGCGGCAUGGAUAGUAACAAGAAGGCGUUAACAUGUGGUGAAGUGUAUGACUUUGCAGCUCGCACUUGGAGGUUGAUUCAUGGGAUGUCUCAUGGUAAUGGUCUCAAUGGGGCUAGUGAUGCACCUCCAUUGCUUGCCGUGGUGAAGGAUGAGCUUUAUGCGGCACAUUAUAAGGACAACGAGGUGUGGAAGUAUGUUAAGGAGAAGAAUUCAUGGGAAAAAAUUGGGCUCUUACCUGAGAGAUCUGGUUCGGUUGAUGGUUGGGGAAUCGCUUUCCGUUCAUGUGGCAAAAAAUUGGUAGUUAUUGGAGGACCGAGAGGAAAUCAUAGAGGGAUAGUCGAGCUCAAUUCUUGGAUUCCAAACAGGAGCGAACCCGAAUGGAAAUUGAUGGCUAGGAGGGAAUCCGGAAACUUUGUUUAUAAUUGUGCUGUUAUGAGCUGCUGAUUCUAUGAUUCAUUAUGACUACAUUGUGUACCUUUGGAAGGAAUAUUGGUUCAGAUCUUCUAAUUGUGUAACAGUCGAUAGUUCUUCUUUCGGGCCAUGUUACACCGGAGUUUCAAUUCUGAAUAUAUCGAGUCAAGAAGCCUGCUAGCUUUCUGAAAGUGAUGCAGAUUGAUAACCUGAGACAGCAAAGUUUCCGGUGGUUAGAAAAUAUGAUUUUUGUGGUGUCUCUCUCAAGGGCACAUGAAGAAGCUGUGUUCGAUUGCUGUCGAUGAUCUGUCUGUGGUUUAAUAUCGUUGUUUCGACAGACAUCGUCUCGAAUAAUGUCGAUACCGCUGAUGUUAGUUACUCCUUGAUCUCCAAACUUCAUUGAACUUAUGAUUACUUGGAUGAUCCAAUAAAUUGUUCUUUGUUCUUAA